GUGCGUGUGCCGCGGACCCGGCGCUCCCCCGGGCUGGAGGCAGAGCAGCUCUCAGACAGCGUGAGUCCGCCGAUCGGUCGACAUGUCCGCGUACAGCCGGGAGAUCCUGCUGGCCACCAGCUUCCUGUGCAGCAGCAGAGGAUCCAUGCAGUUGCUGCAGCUGCACCGGAAGCUGCUGCAGCGCUGCGACAUCACCGAAGAAGACUUCUGCUUCAUCGUGCGGCGGUGUCCCCGCUUCCUGCUGGUCGGCGGCCCGGCGGGGGACGGCAGGGGGCUGUCGGAGGACUGCACGGUGGUGGCUAAAACGUCCCUGCGGCUGUGCAGGAGCUACGGCCGGGAGGAGCAGUGCGGGGGGUGUCAGCAGCUGCACCUCUGCAAGUUCUUCAUCUACGGAAACUGCAGGUUCGGCAGGGGCAGGAAACCGUGUAAAUUCUCCCACGACAUUCGAUCAGGUCACAACUAUCGAUUACUGAGAGAGUGCACGCUGCACGAGCUGAGCGAGGACGACCUGUUCCUGCUGCUGCUGCAGAACGACCCCACGCUGCUGCCAGAGGUGUGUUUGCACUAUAACAAAGGCUCCGGUCCUCACGGCUGCUGCACCUUCCAGAACACCUGCACCAAGGUUCACCUGUGCCAGCACUUCGUUCAGGGCACCUGCAUGUUCGGACUCAAGUGUAAACGCCAACACGCCAUCGACGAGAACGGCCGCCGCAUGCUGGAGGAGAGAGGGCUGAGCGGAGACAUCAUCCGCGAUCUGCCCUUCAUCUACAGGAACGUCCACCACCUCAGCGCCGCCGCCGCCGCCACCUCACCCACAGAGGAUAUUCCUGAUGCGACAGACGAGACGGUCGACAUCUGUCUGCACUACAUCAGAAACAGCUGCAAGUUCCACACAGCUUCAGAUGGAUUUCUUAAACUUAUUUGUGAGCAGAGAACAGCGCAGGUUGACAGCACAGACGAGUGUCGCCGGGUUCACUUCCACCUGCCCUACAAGUGGGAGGUGUUUGACGGCAACACCUGGACGGACCUGCAGCACAUGGAAGACAUCGAGCGGGAUUUCUGCGACCCGUCGAAGACGCAGAGCUCUGGCGAUCGGCCCGUUGACUUCUUGACGAUGACUCGGGAUUCGCAGCGUGUUCGCCGCCUCUCCACAGUUUCCUCAGUAACAAAGCCGCCCCACUACAUGCUGACCACGGGGUGGCGGUGGUACUACAAGGGAGACCAGGGGAAGUGGGUGGAGUACGGACAGCCGGACGACAAGAACCGCACCACGUCAGUGACGUCCAGGACUCUGGAGGAGACUUUCCUGUCUGACAGAACCGCGGAGGUCAAAGUGCUGAAGGGACAGAGGGAGUACGUCAUUAGCUUCACAGACAUGUACCAGAGGAACCCCAAACACAACACCAAAAGGAAAGUCCGGCGCCGUCCUCGUUUUGUCUCCGUGGCCGAGGUGGUGAAACAGGUGGCUCAGUGAAAAAGCCACGGGGUGAUGUGGUCCUGGUCCUGGACCUGACUGAGUGCCUUAUCUCAGAUUCACGCGUCUGGAUUCCCUUUUUUCCAAGCGGUCAGUUCACUCCUCUGACUUCAUCUGUCACUGUCUCAUGGACGAGUCUGUGUCCGUCCAUCAGUCCUCCACUUUGCCUCAGACUCAAAUAUCUACACAGCUUUCACUUGGAUUGUCAUAAAAUUUCAUUCAGACAUUGCUCGUGUUCAGUGGAUGAAUCCUGGUUCUGGUGAUGACAUGAAUCCCUGUAGCUUCAGCUCUCAGUCCGUUUAUUUAACGUACGUUUCCACGAGACGCAGAGAGAAGACAGACGUCGUGUCAGUGACGUCACAGGUGAGAGCAGAAACGAACUGCUGAGGACGUCGUGACGUGUUUCUGUCUCUGAAACAGAAAACAUCGCUCAACAUUUAGAAUCAAAGUUUUUUAAUGAGGGUGUCAGUUUUUUAUUGUUUUGUGUUUAAUGGACUUUGAGGUGGUGGAGGUCAAACGCUUUAAGUUGCCUUUAUUUUUAGUUUGUUCACGUGUGAGUUCUACUCACUAAAUACGUUACCUGGACCAUGUCCUGCUGUCUCUGUGUUCCAGUGGUUGCUUUUCUGGUCUUUAUCCAUUGGUUCGUGUGUUUGUGAUGUUUGUGUUUAGUUGUUGUGUAAUUUCAGCUCAGCAGCUGGAAAAUAAAGUGAGACUGAGUCAAAGUCAG